AUGGCUGAACGACACAGCGAGUCGGUGAAAGAGAAGCUUUCUCUUAGCCUUGACGAGAUCAUCGCUUUGAACAACAAGCAGCAGAAGCAGCAGCAGCAGAAGCAGCAGCAGCAGCACCAGGAUAGUUCUCAGCAGGGGGGAGGGGGCCCUUUGAGGCGGCGAAGAAACAAUCCUCCUGUUGCUUCUCCAUAUGCACGCCGGGUGCCCAUACAUCCAUAUCCCCACAAUGGAGUACCGGCGGUGGGAUACUCAGUAAAGGUUUUGGGCCUUCCAACUGGCUUACCGUGGCCCCGACUUGAAGGAAUGCUGCGCCGGUCCUUUGGAUAUUGUGGCACGAUUCUUGCCGUUGUGCCCCGAAAAGAUGGAGAAGCUUGGAUUCAAUUCGCUGACGUGGCAGCUUGCAGGACAGCGCUCGCGGAAAUGCAGAAUGCCAAGGUUGGGGGCCACGCCGUCAGCGUAGAGAGAGGCAACCGCAUCCCCACCAGUGCUCCUACUGUUGGAGGAGGCAUGUGGGGGUCCCCUACACCAAUGUGGACAGCCUCUGGGCCGUAUGCUUUCUCGUCUAAUACUGUGAAUACAUUGGCGGGAUCAUUCGCACCACCAUUCAGCCGGCAGAUACCGCUUCCAGUGGCUUCGGGCCCCACUGUCAGUCUAUCCUCCCCCCCCAAAACUAUGAACACCGCAAACCCACGUCAUCUUAGGAGAAAUGCUGGAUCUACGGUGAUUGUCUCAAAUGUACCAUUGGACCUGACAACGGAGGAAAUCAGCGACGCUUUUUCGUGCGUUGGUGGUGUGGCUGGCUGUGAUUUACUCCUCAAUAGCUCGGGUGUGCAUACAGGGCGCGUGGCAGUUUCUUUCAGCAGAAGGUCUGAGGCCAUGGAAGCGGUCAGAAGGUUCGAUGGUGGAGACCUCAACGGACAAGUCAUUAGGGUGUUCCUUGAAUGA